CCGCUCCUUCUCCAGGGAUACCCAACCACCACCCAAUCGCCGCCACCACCACCACAGAGCAGAGAGCCAUGGGGCGGUCGCCGUGCUGCGAGAAGGCGCACACGAACAAGGGCGCCUGGACCAAGGAGGAGGACGACCGCCUCGUCGCCUACAUCCGGGCGCACGGCGAGGGGUGCUGGCGCUCCCUCCCCAAGGCCGCGGGCCUGCUGCGCUGCGGCAAGAGCUGCCGCCUGCGCUGGAUCAACUACCUCCGCCCGGACCUCAAGCGCGGCAACUUCACCGCCGACGAGGACGACCUCAUCGUCAAGCUCCACAGCCUCCUCGGCAACAAGUGGUCGCUCAUCGCCGCGCGCCUCCCCGGCCGCACCGACAACGAGAUCAAGAACUACUGGAACACGCACAUCAAGCGCAAGCUCCUCAGCCGCGGCAUCGACCCCGUCACACACCGCCCCAUCGCCGACGCAGCCAGAAACGUCACCAUCUCCUUCCAGCCCGACGCGCCGUCGCAGCAGCAGCUCAGCGACGAAGCCGAGGCGCCGCCGCCGCCGCCGCCGCAGCAGCAGCAGCAGCUCAAGCCGCCGCCCAGGUGCCCCGACCUCAAUCUCGACCUCUGCAUCAGCCCGCCCUGCCACAAGGAAGAAGAGGACCAGGAGCUCGUCAAGCCCGCCGCCGUCAAGCGCGAGAUGCUGCAGGCCGGCCACGGCACUCUAGGACUCUGCUUCGGCUGCAGCCUGGGCCUCCAGAAGGGCGCCGCCGGGUGCACCUGCAGCAGCAACAGCCACUUCCUGGGGCUCAGGGUCGGCAUGCUCCUCGACUUCAGAGGCCUCGAGAUGAAGUGAAACCACCCCAGCGAAAUCAACAAUCUCGUUUGUUUGUUGGGCUGUUCUUUCUUGUUUGAUAGGCAUGCGGAAGUUGGUUAGCAGUUUGUAGGAGGGUUUUUCUAGUUGUAGUGCAGCAGAGGAUGCGAAGCAGAGCGAAGACGGGUGAGGUCGUGAGGAGGAUUUGUGGCUCCUGUCCUCCUCCCUGCUCUCUUCUCAUUCCAUUUUGUGUAAAUUACUGGCUGGCUUAAAGCCAGGAAAAGUUAUAUGGUAUACUCUGAUGCUAGGUAACCUUAGGUCCAUGUAAAUGUUCAGUCCCAAGGUUGUUUCUCUCAAGAGCAAAGGCUAGAUUCUCUGCUUUGUCAAGACUUGUGUUACGAGAGUUAAUGAGAUUGCUUUGUUUCA